UUGGGUAGUGUGAGUCGACACGUUCGAGACCUUCCUGACCAACUAGUACAACUACACGUUCAAAGAUGCCUGUCGAUUAUGUCAGCAUUGCUUACGCAGUAACAGUAGCUGCUGGUGGCAUUCUGGGUUACACUAGAGCGGGAAGUGUUCCUUCCUUGGCAGCAGGAGUGAUCUGUGGUGGACUGAUGGGAGUAGGGGCCUACCAAACAUCACAGGACCCCAAGAAUGUCCUGCUUUCUCUUGCUGUUAGUGGUAUCCUGUUGGCAGUGAUGGGGUCAAGGUUCUACAAAACACAAAAGGUCAUGCCUGCAGGAGUGGUUGCAGGCCUGAGUGUCCUCAUGGUUGCCAGAUUUGGAUACAGAUUGUCCCAGAAGUAAAAAGGGAAGUUGUGUUCAUGCAUUGCAAUAUCAAGUGUUCUACAGGUCAUUUAUGAGGAACUUUUAAAGUAUGUUUUCAAGGACCUUGCCAUAAAAUUGUUUGGUGCAUCAAAGUGUUAUAUAACCUGUUCCUUGUCAUCUUGUCCAUAUUCUACAGCCUUUUUGUAUUUCAAUAUAAUGAAUGAAAUACAGUAUUCAACAGUAUACAUACAGACACAUUAGAAGAGUUUGCAUGCAAGGUUUGUAAGUCCAGUAUAGUCUUGUGGCUUUCAUUUUCCUCAAUUUGGAUAACCUAUACCAAUUUUGAAUUUUAUAUCUGACAACUAGUUGUGAUAUGGAUUGGAGAUAAAGCUAUAUAUUAAAGACUAAAGAAAAAGUGAUAAAUUUUUCUGGCCCGUCAUUUUCAUGGGAAGGAGGUGAGAUUAGGAUGCUGCUUAUUGUAAAAAUACUAAUUUUGGAUGGGGAUAUAUUUUCGUUGAUUUUGUGGGUGCUCACAAAGUUGUUAAGAUUGAUGUCCUCAAAUCAAUGUUGAGACGGUUAAGAUUGGUACAUGGCAGAUUUAUAAAGCUAAAUUUGUCAAAAAAAUGUGUGUGUAGUAAAGUAUUUACAGAUUAUAGCCACCAGUCACUUUUUUUGUCAAUUAUAUAAGUCUUUCAGCGACAAAAGUCUUCUGUUCUUAAAAAUGAAUUUUAUUCUAAUACAAAAGUCAAGAUUAAGAAUGCCUUGGACAAAUGAAAUUCCAGGAACCAGGUCAAAGGCCAACUGAAAAUGUCUCUGCAUCAACAUGGGUUGAGAUUGUCAGUUUCUAGCUUAGAGAAUUUUUAAUGUCUGAAUGCUGAAAAGGUCUGGAAAAAAUUCAAAUAGGCUGAUUCUAGAAUAUUUUGUGAAGUAUAACUGUUUUGUUUUAAUUGUUUGGUGUAAAUGUGAGUCAAGUUGCUGAAAUUUUUUUAGUGCUGACAAGAUUUCCUAUUUAUCUAGAUGUUUUGUACGAGUGCUAUUUAGGACAUUUAAAAUGCACAAAUCAUCAUGUACCAUCAUGAAAUCUCAAGUUUUAUAUCUGUUGGGCAAUUUUGUAGAAAAUUAACACUGUAGAAAGUUCAAUGUUAGAUGCAGAAUUACUUAAAUGUAAUACAUAUAUACAAGUUUAUAAAGGUGUGCUUCAGUUCUUAAAUUGAACCUAAAAAGACCAUAUCUUUUAUGCUGCUUUCAACAAUUCAUGCUACGAAUUUCAGCAUACAUAACUUUCGUUUUUAGUGUUGUACUUUGUAAAGUUUUUGUAAAAACCGGGCAUAUACACAAGCACAAACCAUUCAAAUAUUUUGUGAAUAAAAUUAUUUUAUUGUAAA